ACUCGGCAGAUAAAGUGAGCUUGGACAUGACUGAUUCUUCAGGCAACGGCUUGGAGCUAUAAAAAAUUUUGUCAACGAUCCGGUAGCUUCUUUAUCGGUAGGAGCCGUGAAACACGUUAUCUCGUAAACAUGCCGCGAUAAAAAAUCCGGGGUAGUGGGGGACUUCCCAGAAACAGCAAGGAAAAGUACGAGUACCCUGCAUACUUUGCAACUUUAGAAAUCACUCAGCUUACUGGAUUUGGCAAUGAGUUAGACGGCGGUGACCCAGUAAAAGUUAUUUCCGAUUACAUAGCGUGCAUACCAAGAAAUGAUAGUCAAUGACAGUGUGAUGAAACUAUCGAACUUCGAUUUGAAGCUUAAAUUUUGAUAUAGUAUUUCGUAUAUUUACCUGGCAAUGUACGACGAAGAUCUUCCUUUAGAAGAGUUAGACUACGACGUUUUGUCGGAAUUGACAAAGGAAUUGAAUAAAAACUUUGCAUGGAAAACAGUAGCAAAUUACUUGGUAGAAGAAUCCUCAAUUCAAAAUCCAUCAUCUACAUUCAGUAAACGAUGGAUGUAUCGGCUAGAAACAAACAGAGAAGCAUCGCCAGCGCAAACUUUAUUGUUGGAGUUAAGCAAUAGAUUAUAUCGGGUUGGAAAAUUGUGUCACAUUCUUGAAGAUUGCGAGCUUUAUGAUGCACUGUGUAUUCUUUUAGGGCCAGUCGAUCUGGAAAUCACCGAACAGCCAAAUGCCAAGGAACAAUCAUACAAACUUGCAUUAAAUGACACAUUCAAAAUUGUCUGUAAAGCAAGAGGCAUACCAGUCCCAAUGUUACAGUGGCGUCAUGGAAACAUUGACUUGGAGAAUGAAACAUCGAGCACCCUUAGCAUACUUAUAACUAGUCCUGAUCAAGAAGGCGAGUAUCGGUGCAGAGUUGAACAACGCACAAGCGACGGUAUUUGUCUCAGAGAAAAAUAUUCAGAAUAUGUCUCUCUUUCAAUAAAAGCCAUGCCUCCAGAAAUAACAGAACAUCCGUUACCUGCCGAAGUGAAGAUAGGUGAAGACCAUACCUUGAGCUGUCAGGUAAAACCGGACCCAAGUCUAAAGUAUCAGUGGUAUAAAGAUGACAAGUUACUGAAGGGAAAAACACAGAAUACUUUACGGUUGCUUAAUUUUCAAUUCGAAGAUACAGGACGAUAUCGUUGUGAGGUAUCAAAUGGGUAUGGUUUGGCAUCUUUCACAGCAUGCAGUAAAUUAACGGUAGAGCACCUACCUGAGAAAGCUUUAUAUAAAGUUGCAUUGCUUAUCGGUAACUGUCAGUAUAAAAGUUAUAGUGAAUUGAAUAAGCCAGUGGCCGACGUUGAAGAGAUAAAGAAAAAACUGGAAACAAUUGGCUUCUACGUUACCUGCCUACGUAAUGCAAGUCUCGCUAAGAUGACAGAGAAAAUCCAAAAAUUCUCUAAAUCAUUGAAAGAGGGUGUAUAUGGAUUUUUCAUGUUUGCUGGUCAUGGGUUCGAGUUGCAUGAACCCUUCUUGAUGCCUACUGAUAUCCCUGAACAGUACCUCAGACGGCACGCUAUUUCGAGAAAUCAAAUUUUACAGUGGACACUUCCCCGCAAUCCUGCGCUCCUAGUUGUUGUACUUGAUAUGUGUCUGACAACACCAAACAAAGACUCAAACAAAGCCAUUUAUGAUGAAAUACCUGAAGUAUUUGAAUACAAAUGCAAUGAUAAUCUGAUAGAAGCAUAUUCUACGUGUACUUAUCGUGAAUGUUUUGAAUCAGAAAAAGCGCCCUUCGGAGUUUAUGUGACAGAGUUAACCAAACACAUUACUGAGAAGAUACCAGUUAAAGAAUUGUUCGAUCGAGUUCAAUCAUCUGUUCGUCAGUUUAACUCUGGACGGACCAGAAAGCAAAUGCCAAUGGUGAAAAACGUCUUGUCAAAACGGUAUUGUUUAACAGAUCAAACGAUAAGGCGGUAUAGGUAAACGUUAGCAGCAAAACGUUCCCAACGUGUGUUCAACUUCACAUCAGUAAUCCCACUGAUCAUUUUAAUACGACUUCAUUGAACGCAACAUUUGCUUCAGGAUGGUCCGAAAUCGAUGAUCGUAAAUUUCUAUCUUUGCAAAUAACUCAAGAAUACCUCUGCCGAUUUUGUUCAAAAUGUAGUCAGUUUCAAACAAAAUGAAGCCAAACUGACGAAUCAAAUUUUAUUAUAAUCGCUUCCGCAUUUUUGCGUUAUAGCCGAAAAAAAGUAAAUAAUUCAUGUUAAUAGCUCAGAAGCUGCACGAUCGAUUUUUGUGAAAAUCUAUACACACACCCAGAUAUCCAUCAAAAAAUGGUUAAAAGUGAUUUAAUUAUCUCUAGACUGCCAAACAUCCAAAUCUAACUCUGAAUUGAAAUUUAAUUGCACCUCACAUACGUAGUUGAUUAAUAAUACGUGAACAUGUCAACUAUAGAUAAAUUUUGGUAACAGAUCUGUCGCCCCAAAUACCCUCGGCUGCAUUUACAAAGUUAUGUAAUAGCAUCAAGUAGAUAUAAUUGCGAUUUCUCUCAUUGACGAUCAAAUUCACCUAUUCAUAUCUGUUGAGUUAUGACCAAUUGAAAAUAACAUUAUUAAAUUCAAAGAUUAUGUACAGAUGAUAUUAACAAUGUAAUUAAAUUUAAUAUAUGCAUAUAUUAUAAAAUUGCAGUAGUGUAUGGGGUAUUCCAUGCCAACUCAACAAAUGAUUUUCCCUUACCAUUGUUGGUUUGGUUCAUAAUUUUUUAUACUAUUGUCUUGACUGAAAAGUUUUUAAUUAUUUCAGAUAUUUCUCGCAAACCAUUAUUUUUUUAUAAACUUGUUAGAGGGUAAAUCGUGUAGACUUCGAUGAGUAGCUACUGAAAUCUAAUCUACGCCUAGCCAAGGUGUUAUUUGGCUGUUUUGGGGUUCAUACACGUCAAUUAGACAUUUAUGUGCCGCUACUCCCAAUGCAGGAAAUGAUAGAAGAAGGAAGGGAUCGGUUUUAAGGAAGGUAGAUAAUUCAAAUGGUAUAAUUUGUUUAUUAUUAAUGAUCAUAUAAUUGAAUUAUAACAGUGGUCAAUGUAAAGGAGUCAUCUUAGGGAAAGGUCUUCAAUUGGCAUGGAGAGAUAUAUUUAUAAGUGACUCUUGCUAAAAUUAGGAUGAAAGUGACGAGUUUAGAAAAUGUAGGAUACUCGCUAGUUACAGUUUAGAGAUGAACCUGCUAACUCGGUGCAGAAACCAAGGCAGCUGGAUGAAGAUAAGGAGAGGAUACAGGGUGUAAUGUGACUAUAAAACAGUGAGAGGGGAACAUGAGAUCUGGAGAAUGUAACAAAUUGUUAAAGUUAAAAAAUAUGCCAUUGUUGAAUAUUUCAAAAAAAUUCUCAAAAAUUCCUCGACCAAAGACGAUCAUUUUAGCCAUUUCCCAAAGUGGAAACUAUUUUUUUAAAUAUUUAUUACACCAAUUUCAAAAAAGUAAAAAUUCGUGAAUGUGGUGUUACUGGUUUCCAGAAUCUUUUCAAACGACCUAAACAAUCGUCUUUGAUCGAUAAAUUUUUGAGAAUUUGUUUGAAAUUUAUACAAAUCACAUUAUUUCACCUUUAACAAUCUAUAAAAACAUAACGGUUUACAAUAAAAAUCGUAAAUAAUUCAGGAAUCAUAUUCAGAAUCAGGACAAUCGUAUGAAAAAUUAUGAACAAAAAAUGGUGCAAAAAGAUCAUUUGUCGAGUUCGCAUGGAAUACCUCGUAUACAGGUCAUCAGGUACUCUCAUUAAAUUGACUCAGUUUUGGAAAAAUUUACAGUGUUAACAAAAAUUAGGGAAUAGUUCAAAUAAAGUAUGCAUAACUGAGCUCAAAGUAAUUUUAAAUUCCUCCAAAUUUGUGCCUACUCGACAUCUUGUACAGAUUCAAACAUUUAAUAAAGCAAUGCGACAGAAACAAUUAAAAAAUCGUUGUUACAAUUUUGUUGUUCAGAGCACUCUGAAAACUGCCCACUACGAUUUCGUUGAAUCUCAAAAUCAGUAACAUUAAGGCUUUGCAAUGUACAACCUUUGAACCAAAAGCUAGUUGGUGAACUUUUAAUAAUAACAAACUUAUACAAAGUUUAA